UCGGCGGUGCCGUGAAAUUUACCUUGACGCAUUCGAGUUGUUCUCUGAAUUCGCUGUCGAUUUAUCCUAGAGGUUUCUCUACAUCUAUCAGUUAUGUUGUAUUGUCUUACUGUUUUGCUUCUAAUGCUAGGAUUGUCUCUUCUUCAAAGUGUAAUACGGAAGUUUAAGUAUUAAUGAAAGUUGUGUUUCAAAAAAAAAGGAUAGUAUAGUAGUCACCAUAAUCUUUAUUAAAAGAGUUUCCUUUUUGUUGCCUUAUCUGAGAUAUUAAUUUCCUUUUUCAAGGUUGCGUUAUUUCCUUUUUUUUUUCCAACCUCUACUCUUUCUUUAUAUAAACUAAAUAGCGCAUACGUUUUCUACCACCAAACACCAGUUAAGGGCUUUGCUUUAGUCUCUCUCAAGAAGUCUCAACUAGUUUUAUAUCUCGCCAAGUUUCUUCUCUCAGUCAUAUUUUUUUGGCUCAAUAAUUCGUUCGAAGCGAAACAUGGCGAUAGAGAAACAAGAGUGCUCUCGUUCGGACGACGAUCUCUAUUCUCUCGUUUUCCAGACAUCCUUGCGACCACCAUCUUCUACAAAUAAGAAGAGAAACAACCUCGAUUCUAACUCGUCCGUACCUUCUACUUGUGCAGUCAUCAUCAUAGACGACGAUGACGAAGAGGAAACCCUAGAGUCGAAGAAGAGAAAAAACCUCGAUUCUAACUCGUUGACACCUUCUAGUACUGGUGGAGUCAUCAUCAUAAACGACGAUGAGGAAGACGAAACCCUAGAGCCUUCAAAGAAGAAGCCAAGAUUGGGGUCUUGGUGGGACGACGUUGAUUCCUUCGACGAAUUAAGUUCCGUGUUCAAGAGGUUACCAAUAAUGCAUUCAAGCUUUUCUUCAACUAAUCUUCCCGAGACGAAGACGAAGGAGGAUAAGAGAUCGUUAUCUUCAAGUGAUCAUGAGAAUUUGCUUGGUUACAGCGAUAGUGUUACUAGUAACAACAAGGAAAAUCAAGAUCGUUUAGGAUAUGGCCACGUGUCGCUUCCAAGUCUUGGCGGCUACGUCAAAGACAUCGUAACUCCUGUGGAUUCCUGCUUUCCUUCUUCGCCUACUGGUCUUCUGGAGGCGAAGACAAAUACAAACAAGGAUUACGAAAGCCAAUUAUCAUCAUCAAAUCAUCACGGUGAUAAUUUCAUUGGUUUUAGAGAGGACGAGAUUGUCGGUGAGGGUACUGAUAAUAGCAGUAAUAAGGGUAUUCGACACGUGUCACUUGAGGAGUUGGGUGUUUCGGUGGAAGAUCUCAAGAGUAUGCCAUGGGAAGCCUUUGAUCCGACAUGGGAAAUUAGGUCCGAGACCAUGGAUCCUUGGCUUGGUGGCCACGUCAGUGACAUGUUCUCUGCUAAUUAAUCCCUACGCUUAAUUGUUCGUUGUUGUUCUUCUUUUCUUAAUUCUCCUAUAUGUAAAACCAACGUCAAUUUGAUUGAUCAUGUUAAUCAUAUAUUCAUCUUGUUAAUCUUUUUUUUUUCUGGCUGCGUUCAUCUUGUUAAUCAUAUGAGAGAAAUUGAUGUUUCUAUUUGAGAUCAGUUCUAAAUUGCCUUUAGCUAUUUAAAACAUUCGAGUCAUGGAAAGUCUAUUAUAUUAAACGUAAUUAAAUAAUAUACUAAAAACUUACAAAUUCAAUCUAAAUUUUAACUUUGAACUAGUAAAACUGAAAGAGACACAAAAGAAUAAUAUAUGGAACACAGUAUGGUCUCGUUUACUACAACUACAACUGCGUGGAUAUAUAUAAACUCUUAGAUAUGAUUGUAAUGAUGGUUAGAGAUGGACUUCAAAUUUUCAUCAGGGCCAUCUCAUGAGAUGAUGAACUCGGCUUAAUAUAAGAACCGGUUCGAGAAAAAAGAAACUUGUCAAAGGAAAUAUAAAAGAGUUAGCCAAUCAAAUUAAGGAGAUAUAUGCACAAUCAAAUAGAAGAAGUAGAGAAAUUAUGGCUUAGAGGUUAUUGCUUCUUAUUAGAGUUAUUAAACCGGAUGUACAAAUAUGAUUAAACGGUAUUAGAUGUUGUAUAAAAGUAGAACUAACACAGUACAGAUACGGUUAACAUGAGUAAAAACAUUUUUACACAUUCUGGUACACACACUCUCUCAUCACUCGUGUUCCUCAUCUUCAUUGAGCUGAUCAUCUAAUACUUCUAACUAGGUGUUAUGUCCGCAUAUGCAGGCAUAAUCAUUUUAUAGUUUCUUAUUAAU